CACCCCCCUCCAGCCAGCGACGAUGUUCCCCAAACUCUUUAGACAGUGGAGUUUCCUGAUCUUCAUGCUCAGCUACGGAGCCCCCUCGUCGGGGAGGGCGCUGGAAGGGAACCUCCGCAGAACUAAAAGAACAGUAUCAGAAUAUCAGCUGUUACACGACAAAAGCAAGACCAUGCAAGAUAUACGCAGGCGAAACUUCCUGCAAACUUUGAUAGACGGGGUGAACACAGCUGACAUCCGAGCCAUGUCAGAGGUCUCCCCUAACCCUAAACCUUCCACCAUUGCAAAGAACUACGGCAUCCGGAUUACCAGCGAUGAUGAGGGCAAAAACCUGACUCAGGAGACCAACAAAGUUCAGACGUACAAAGAGCAGCCCCUCAAGACACCAGGGAAGAAGAAGAAAGGGAAAGCCGGGAAACGUAAGGAGCAGGAGAAGAAAAAAAGGAGAAUUCGUUCCGCCUGGCCCAGCUCGAGGGGGUCUGGCAGUGGCAUGGCACGGAUCCCGCCCUUGGACAUCUUUGAUACUACACUUGUCAAUGCAAGAAGGCGUUGACAUCUUCAGCUGAGGUCUUUGGAAAACACAUCGCAGUAUUCUGUAAUACUGAACAUAUGGAAAGUAUUAGAAGUAUUUAUUAUCUGUAAAUACUGUAAAUAUAUCAAACUCAACUGUUGGCCCCUGAUGCUUUCCAAAGCUGCACAUUUGAACAUUUGUGAAUAUUGUUUUAUUUUGUGCUAAGACAAUUCUCAUUGUCACAAUUACCAUAAUUUAUUUUGUUGAAUGAUGUAUUUAUUUUUCAUGAACUUUUAUCUUGGUGCUGCUGACUUUCUAUAAUUUUUUUUUGUAACAUGCACUUUAGAUAUACUUUUUUUUUAAUAUGUGGAUAAAAAAAUAAACAAACGAUUCCAGGUUUUUGGUUGAUUUUAAUGUGUUGUCCAAGUACAAUUGUUCCCAACUGAUUUUCUUCCACGCAUGUAUAAAAAGGCAGUGUUUUUUUUAAAAAAUGAUUUGUAAAAAAAAGAAAAGAAAAGAAAGUCCAAUAAAAUAUAAUCUAAUUAAAAUC